CUUGGACGACAUUCAACCACAAGCAAUGUCCUCAACGGCCCCACCGUCAGAGAUAGAGGCCAAGCGACCUAGAGAAGAGCAAGACACCGACCGUCCUGCCAAAAAGGCGCGCGACGACGCGCCCCAGGCCCCCCAGGAUGCCCCUUCAGUCACUCCCGCGCACUUGACGAGGCCACCAUCGGGCGUCCCUCCAGCGGUGUCGCGACUCGGUCUCAAGCCCAAGGUGCCAGAGCUUCCCCCAUCAUUGCAGUUUGUGACUGGCAAGACUGUGGAUCUGGAAGCGAGGCGCGGCUUCAUCGGCGAACCCGAAGUCGGCAUCAUCAACUUUGCCGGGAACGCAGACUUCACGGGAGUGAAGGGCGUUAUCAAACAGAGGUUUACAGAUUUCCUUGUGAACGAGAUCUCCCUUGCUGGAGAUAUCCUUCAUCUCCAUGACAUCGGCAAGCCUGAAGAACCCAAAGACGAGGAGGAGGAGAACCAAGCCGUGGCCCCCCCACCAGCCGCUGUAGCGACGGGCGAGGCACCAAUUGAUCUACCUUCCAACCUCAUCUUUGAUGCCCAUCCUCAGUGGCCAGCCUCAGUGACGCCAUUGCUUCGACAGCAUUUCAGCGACAGCACAAUCGUCUCUCUUCACGAGCUGCUCCUGGACGGGCGCUUCCCUCGCCCCAAGCAGGAUGCGGGAUGGGGUUCAAGGCAGACGCAUCAAGCAGAGCAGUCGACGGAAGAGGAAAUAGCUCUCAACGCCCAGGCCGAGGCCUCGACCUCCCAGGCCGGCUCCAAGCGCCAGCAAGGGCGUGACCGCGGCCGUGGCCGUGGAGGUGGCCACCCAGGCAACUCGAGGCAGAUCGACGACUCCCGUGAGGUCAUUUCGCAGGUUAUUGCGAGCAAGGAGGAACGGUCCGCUGCCCACAAGGCGGUUCGUGACCUCUUCAAUGGACUCUGGGACACAACAGCCCGCGGUGACGAGGCCACGGGCCAGCGCCUCGUGAUCAAGUGGUCUAGCCGAGGUGGUCGUCAGGAGCGCAAGCCACGUCGGCCAAAGUUACCUCAGUACAUUCACUUCACACUCCACAAGACGAACCGAGAAACCCAGGACUGCCUGGGCCACCUCAGCCGCAUGCUUGGUGUGCACAUCAAGGAUCUGACGGUCUGUGGAACAAAGGACAAACGGGCAGUCACCGUUCAGCGUGUCUGCUUGAAGCGGGGCAACAACACUCUCCAAUCUGUCUGGAGGUCUGUCAAUAGCGUCAAGAAUGGCAGGCGCACCGAGGAGGCCGCUGUCACUGAGCGUGGAGAGCGAGGAACUCGCAUCGGUGACCUCGCCUACUCUUCAAAGUUUCUGGAGUUGGGCAUGCUCAAGGGAAACCACUUCUCCAUCACACUCAGGAACGUGCAGGCAGAGAGUAACGAGGACAUUGACUCUGCUAUGUCUUCCAUUCGGGACAAUGGUUUCAUCAACUACUUCGGCAUGCAGCGCUUCGGAACCUCGACCGUCCCUACCCACAUCACCGGGCUUCUGCUGCUGCAGCAGAAAUGGGGAGAGGCCAUUGACACAAUUCUCUCCCUUCGUGAGGGAGAGCACCCUGACUGUGUUCGCGCACGGCUGGCCUGGCUUGAAGACCAGGACGUCUCAAAGGCUCUGGAGAUCAUGCCCCGGCGCUCCGUGGCAGAGCGAGCCAUCUGGACGCACUGGCAAAAGGGAAACCGUACUCAGGACAAGGUCGGAGCACUUGGUAGUAUCCCCCGCAACCUGAGGACCAUCUACGUCCAUGCGUACCAGAGCUACAUCUGGAACUUGAUGGCAUCGGAGAGGAUCAAGCUUUCCAACAAGUCUCCUAUCGUGGGAGAUCUCGUAUUCGUGGACGGUUCAGAUGAUCGUGAUGACGACGAGUCCAAGCCCGAUGCUUCUUCGUCUCGGGAUGUCAAGCACCUGACCGAGGCCGAUGUGGGCGACUACACUCUGCUGGAUAUCAUCCUGCCUCUGCCAGGAUGGAACGUCGAGUACCCCGGCGGUGCGAUUGGUGAUCUCUAUCGCGCCGCAUUGAAGGCGGACGGCCUCGAUGCGGAUCGCAUGCGUCGCGACCAACGCGAAUACUCUCUCCCUGGCUCCUACCGCAAACUCAUCCACAAGCCUACGAAUGUGGCAUGGGACCACAUCCGCUACACUGACCCGGAUUUACCUCUGGUACAGGCCGACGAGGACCGCAUUCUGGGACUCAACACUCCUGUCGACAAUGACCCAGAGGGCAAGUUCCAGGCUUUGAGGCUAUCUUGGACGCUUGGGACAUCGUCGUACGCGACGAUGGCUCUGCGCGAGAUUACUCGCCAAGAGACUUCUACGUGGCAUCAAAUUGGGCUCACGCUUGAGAAUGAGGACCAGGAGCAUAAGAAGGAGACUGGGCAGGAGUAAAUAGAUGACGGAGGGGUUGACAUGCUCCUCGUUGAUGGUGUCUGCCAACUGCGGAG